UGUAUGAGGGACUGGCUGCAUACAAGCAGCCACGGAAACUCUCGAGCAAAUAACGUUUGUUUUGUUUGACUAAGGAGCCUCCCAGAAUGUGUUUCUACAAGGUCCAAAAUAAGAAGGUGGUCCCAAACCAGGGAGUGGGACAGAAAGAGCCCCAGAAGAAAGUCCCAGGCAGGGAUCAAAGAGAGAUCCUAGUUAGUGAAGAUAAAAGAAAGGGGGAGAGGGAAAGGCUUGAAGUUAAAGAAAGAGCUUCAGGGAGCAGACUUGAAGCAAAGUGGGCUAGAGAGAAGCCCAGAAGACCCAAGAGGGCAGCCAAAGCUUGGUGACUCCACAUUGCAGGCCGUAGGGACAAAGGCUGAGCUGGUAAACAAAAGAUAGCACUAGCUGCAGAGUUCCCAAUGUUGUUGUUGUUGUUGCUGCUGUGCUGAUUGGAAUAAUGUUAGUUCACGUAAAGAAGCCAAGUGGUAAUUUCAAAGUUUAAGCGAAGGCCAUAGUGCAACUGUUACCACAUACACCAAGCCACCGUCAGUAACCAUGAGCUCAGAGGAGAAAAACAUGUCGCCUGCUCACAAAAUAUCAACCCCCACUCAUCGGAGUACAUCAUUAUCUUCAUCCUCUCAAAGAGAGAGUAAACCGGAUGGUGACAACUGGGAAAUCAUUGAAGGAUUAAAAAGCGGGCAGACCAAUGUGCAGAAACCAGAUAAACAUGAAGGAUUCAUGUUGAAGAAACGAAAAUGGCCCUUAAAAGGUUGGCAUAAGCGCUUCUUUGUCCUUGAUAAUGGGAUGCUAAAGUAUUCUAAGGCACCAAUUGAUAUUCAAAAAGGCAAACUUCAUGGAAGCAUUGAUGUUGGGUUGUCAGUGAUGUCAAUCAAAAAGAAGGGACGUAGAAUAGAUCUUGACACAGAAGAACAUAUCUAUCAUCUAAAGGUAAAAUCUCAGGAAGUAUUUGAUGCUUGGGUAACAAAAUUGCGUAAUCAUCGAUUGUACCGUCAAAAUGAAAUUGUGAGAUCACCCAGGGAUGCCAGCUUUCAUGUCUUCCCUACAUCACCAAAAACUGAUUCUUCGCCAGCUCCAACUGCCACUGUAUUAGAUGUAAAGCCUCAGCAGAACAAUUUCACAUGGCAGACCUCCAUUCCAUGCAGUACAAGUCUACCUGCUUCCUACAGCAACAGCCAAACCAAAGUUGCAGCAUGGUUGUUGGAAUCUGAGGAAAUGAACAAGUGUGCUAAAGAUCUUGCACAUUGCCAAUCAAGCCUUGUUGAACUCAGCAAACUUCUACAAAAUCUGGAGAUCCUACAAAGAACACAGUCUGCUCCAAAUUUCACUGAUAUGCAGGCUAAUUGCAUAGAUAUUACAAAGAAAGACAAGCGUGUCACCAGAAGAUGGAGAACAAAAAGUGUCAGCAAAGAUGGAAAAAUGCAGCUUCAGGUUCCUUCCAAUGCCACUAUGUCUCCUCAUCGUUUGCACUCCUCAAAUCCUAAUCUAUCUGCUGACAUUGGAGAAUAUCCAAUACAGCCAAGUCCACUUGCGGACUCCCCUGAUUCUACUGCGGAUUAUACUAAACUUCAAGAAGAGUUUUGUCAAAUUGCACAGAAAGUUCAUUGUCUUUUAAAGUCUGCCUUCAACACAGUAGCAAUAGAAAGGGAGCAGCUGAAGCAAAUGCUGUUGGAGCAAGAACAUUCUGGCCACAAUGCCCAAAUCUUCAACCUUAGGAGAACACUCUCCCAGCCAAGCGGCAAGAUUCAUGCCAAUAUCCCACUGUCACAGCAGGUCUGUAAUGAGAGCAGGCUCUCCAUGUCUGAAUCAGUAUCAGAAUUCUUUGAUGCUCAAGAAGUGCUUCUAUCAGCAAGUUCUUCCGAGAAUGAGGGAUCAGAUGAUGAAUCAUAUGUUAGUGAUGUCAGUGACAAUAUUUCAGAAGACAAUGCCAGUGUUGGAGAGACUGUUUCUCGACAAUUAUCUAACGGCGAGCUCAUUAGUGGUGCAUUUCGAAAUGGCAGACGUACAUGUCUCCCAGCACCAUCACCUGAUACCAGUAGCAUCAAUCUGUGGAAUAUUUUGAGAAAUAACAUUGGAAAAGACUUGUCCAAGGUCUCCAUGCCAGUUGAGCUGAAUGAACCCCUCAAUACUUUGCAGCAUCUAUGUGAAGAAUUAGAAUAUUCUGAAUUGUUAGACAAGGCUGCUGAAACAGAUGAUCCAUAUGACCGAAUGGUUAUGGUUGCUACGUUUGCAGUUUCAGGAUAUGCUACAACAUAUUACAGAGCUACAUUUAAACCUUUUAAUCCAGUGCUUGGAGAAACAUACGAAUGUAUUCGAGAAGACAAAGGGUUCAGGUUUUUUGCAGAGCAGGUCAGCCACCAUCCACCCAUCUCUGCCUGCCAUUGUGAAUCAAAGAAAUUUGUCUUUUGUCAAGACAUCAGAUGGAAGAAUAAAUUUUGGGGAAAAUCUAUGGAAAUACUUCCAAUAGGAAGAGUGAAUGUCAUACUACCUAAAUAUGGAGAUCAUUUUGAAUGGAACAAAGUUACCACCUGUAUACACAACAUCCUUAGCGGGCGUCGUUGGAUAGAACACUAUGGAGAAAUCACCAUUAGAAACACAAAGAACAAUGCAUGCAUUUGUAAACUGACCUUCAUUAAGGGAAAUUACUGGAACUCAAACGUAAAUGAAGUCCAAGGACUUGUGAUGGAUCAGGAAGGGAAGAUAGUACGUCGACUCUUUGGCAAGUGGCAUGAAGGGCUGUAUUGUGGAGUUGCACCCUCUGCCAAAUGCACUUGGAGACCAGGCUCUAUGCCAACAGAUAGUGACAUGUAUUAUGGUUUUACAAGAUUUGCUAUUGAGCUGAAUGAAUUGGAUCCAGUGUUGAAAGAGUUGCUCCCAUCGACAGAUGCCAGAUUUAGACCAGAUCAGAGAUACUUGGAAGAAGGAAAUAUUGAAGCUGCUGCCGCGGAGAAGCGUAGAAUAGAAGAAUUGCAAAGGGAGCAGAGAAGAUUUAUGGAAGAAAACAAUACAGUUUAUCAACCACGAUUUUUUAAGAAAGUUUAUGAAGGCAAUCAAAGAGAAUCCUGGAUGAGCAAAGGGAACUACUGGGAACUGCGGAAGGAUCCAGGGUUUAGUAAAUUAGAAAGCUUAACACUCUGGUAACUGAAUUUGAAGAGAUAAAAAUACGUUCUUCACAGAGAAGAAAUUAACUAUGCAUAAGUUAUUAUUGCUAUUGUAAAUCUUACUGUGUUCUUGUGGUUUUGCUGGUCAUAUGCUAGGUAUGUCUGUUUAAUUACAGACAUAAUUAUAAAUAUAGGCCAUGACCCAAACACUGGUUUAGAAAAUUGUUUUCCACUAAAGCUGUGAAUUUUUGGUAAACCAAAAGUGUAAUUUAAAGUGAAUGCACAAGAAUAGGGAUGGCUGUUUGACAGUCACAUAUUUAUGAAAAAAAUAUAAUCCUAAUGAAGCAUUAAUAACUAUCAUGGCUUUUUGCUAAAACUUUUCAUCAUUCAUUUCCAUGCCUUAAAAUAGUAAAUACCUUUAGCAAACAUGGUUUUACUUUGGAAACCUACAUAAGGUCAACUCACUUUGCAAAUAAUAUACUGUAUCAUAUCAAAGAUUAAUGUGCCUAGAGUACAAGACAAUAGUUAGGUUGAAAUUCACUCAUGUUUAUUAUUGUAGUCUCAUUCAGCAUUCAUAACUACCAUGGGCUUUGUUUUCAUUUGGCUUGCCACUUCAGUUCUGUGUCACAAUUUUAAAAU